GUGACAAGUCAGUUUGCUUUUAAGCAACAGAUCCAGACUUGCUCCCCUUCUGCAGAGUCGCCACGGAAUGUAAAUUGAGCUGUGAAUAAUAUAUUGACAAUUUUUACACUUAUUUCUACGUUUGGCUUCAAGGGUGCUGCAUUGAGACAGAGAUGGCAAACCUAAUGGAAGAUAAGGUAUUUAUGGCUUUCACCACCUAUGCUGUUAUUGUCAUUCUGAAGAUGAUGUUGAUGGCGCCCAUGACUGCAUUCUACCGCAUCACCAGAGGGGCUUUCUCAAAUGAAGAGGAUGUGGGCAAAAAAUCUUCAGAGGAGAAGAAGAAACUGCUGAGAACUGACCCAGAUGUAGAGCGAGUUCGAAGGUGUCACCAGAAUGACCUGGAGAAUAUUAUUCCCUUUGUGGUGAUUGGCCUGCUCUACGCCCUGACUGGACCUGAGCUUUCAGCUGCUUUGCUUCACUUUCGCCUCUUUACUGGCUCUCGGAUCUGCCAUACCAUAGCCUACGUCGGUGCUCUGCCUCAACCCAGCAGAGGUCUGUCCUGGAUAGUCGGCAUGCUGGUCACUUUCUCCAUGGCUUACAGGGUGCUCAGCACAGUUAUCUUCCUUUAGAUACAGUAGAUCUUGCCCUCCUCUACACACAUUCAUGCCUAAAUCAGAUUUUCUUCGUUUUUUUCUUGCAGCUAUCUGUGGGUUAUAAAAGAGCUUUACAUUUAUUCUCUGCAUGUCCAUUGACUGACCGAAACCACUGUCAUGGAUGGAACACAUACUUGUAAUAAAUUUUCUGUCAACUCA